GGAUGCGUCCUCCUAGCCGGUCAGAAGUGAUGCCUCAGUAUGUUCACCAUUUGGCCCCAAAGUCCCUGCCUGAAAUCACCCAUGCGACUCCACAACGAAAAGAUUCCAAACAGAGAUGUGUUAAGUAUACUGUUGUUGCUGUCAUCUGCUCACUGCUCCUCUUGCUGCUGGCUGGCAUUCUCCUGGCCUAUUACUAUUCCUCCACCUGUGUGCAUGGAAUACCAUGCGGUGGUAAUACAGGCUGUGUGUGGGAGUCCCAAUGGUGUGAUGGGGUGGUGGACUGCCCAGCGGGCCAGGAUGAAGCUUAUUGUGUAAGACUUCAUGGCUCCAGUUUCUUGCUUCAGAUCUUCUCGACUCACACCAAACAAUGGAAGACUGUUUGUUCUCAUGGCUGGACAGCCCAAUUGGCCCAAACAAGCUGCCGGGACAUUGGAUACAGCGGGAGCACAAGUGUCACAUCAGGUCUACAUCAGGUACAUUCCGAUGAUGGGUUCUUGAUGGUGAAGUCUGACCCAAACCCUCACGUACCCAUAGUCCAACAGGUUGCUUUCAGCAACUACUGUCCGAACAACACUGUGGUGACAUUGCUAUGUACAGAUUGUACCGGAGGCGUAAACUCCAGCAGGGUUUCUCGGAGCCAGCAGGCCUCCCUCGGGGCCUGGCCGUGGCAGGUCAGCCUGCAGCUUGAGGGUUCCCACCGGUGUGGAGGUGCUAUCGUUUCCCCUUACUGGAUUGUCACAGCGGCUCAAUGUGCGGUAAUGACGUCCAGUCCUGGAGACUGGUCAGUGUAUGCGGGGCUUGUGGAGCCUUUGGGCAUUCUCUUUAACCCCGCUCACGCCGUGAGCCUUGUCAUUGCUCACGAAGGCUUUGACGGAAUCACUCACAAGAAUGACAUUGCUCUGAUGAGACUCAGCAAACCUCUAGACUUUACCGCCUCCAGUAAUGUUGGUCCCGUGUGCCUCCCAAAUGUUGGUCUUAACAUCUCAGUCCCCGUAAAUGGCUGGACAACAGGAUAUGGUGUUUCACUCAAUGGAGACUCUCUAUACCUGGUUGAAGCUCAGGUCUCCCUCAGGGAUGCUGCGGGAUGCAACAGCUCCACAGCUUACAAUGGACAAAUAUUGAAGGACAUGCUGUGUGCCAAAGGGGUGCAACCUGGACCGGACGCAUGCAAAACUGACAGUGGUGGGCCUCUGGUGUCUCAGAGCGACGGCUUAUGGUGGCUUGUUGGGGACAAUAUUUGGCCAGAAAGUUGCACCGACCUGAACAAGCCAGGUGUUUAUAGCAACGUCACCUUUUUCUUGGACUGGAUAUACCAUCAGAUGAAGAAACAUCAAAAUGACCGAAGACAUGCAUGA